GACAACAUUGCAGAGUUUGCCGAGAACGUUGGUAUCGACGAAGAUGAGCUUCAGCAGAUUUUCCGGAAGCUAGGUGCUGGCAUGUGGGCUGCCUUAGGCCAAGAAGUUCUGCGGGAGCACGACGUGAUUGUUGCCCUGGAUGAUGAUGCAGCAGCUGCUGUGAACGAAGAGCUGGUUCGUCAAGGUCUUCCCACUGGCUGCAUGCUGUUGAGUGACUUCGAGUGGCAGCUUCUGCGACGGAAGGAGACCUUCCUGCAAACGGACUGCGCGGACGGCUCCGGAGAACGAUUCCAGACUGUGGACGCCUUGCAAGCCAUGGAGCGGCAUGCCUUCGAAUUCGGGGAGAGUCGGGGGAGCGUGGCAGACCUCGAAGUGCCUCCGUGGCCUCGAAAGCCGGUCGGGCUGGGCAAGGAUGAUGGCAGAGUCAGCGAUUGGCGUCGCUUGCAUGCAGCGCUGCUGCAUGGCAGCUGGGGCAUCGUGUGGUUUCUGUUUUUGUCAUGGCAGGCCAACUACUGCAAUCCGCUGUGCAAAAUCUUCGACCACGCUGAUGCCAUUAGCUCAGAAGCGCAGAGUCAGGAGGAGGAGGAGGACAUCUCCAGAACUCCUGAGCAGCUCUAG